CAAGCGCCAAAUUUGUAAAGUGCGGAAGGCGCAACAGCUAAACACCAACUUAGCCAGUGUUUCAGGAGCCUGUUUCUCGUUUAAAAUCGGCUUUUUUUGGAUCACUUUAUCAAUUCUAAGAUGUCUAAACAGUCGGGCUACUCCCCCAACUUCAAGCGACCGGCUGAAAUCAUGCGAAUGAGACGGAAAAGAGCCCGAAGCGAGGCUGGUGUCUUCUCGAGCCCGGGCGGUCAGGGCUCCACAGGCAGCCCCGGACAAAGCGGUGCAUCCCCGGCCUGCGUUCGGCCUUUCUCCCCGGGACCCCUGCUCAACACCCAGACUCGCUCCGGAGGGGGAGUGAAACGCAGGAACCCCUUCGCGAAUAUUGAGAAUACUUUCAGCCCGAAGAAGAAGAAGUUGCUGAUCUAUAACGAUGAGGAAGCUGUGGGUCAGAUAGAGAAAGGGACCGAAGAGGAGGAGGUGAUGAAGAAUCGAGCUUUACCUUUCAGUGCCAUGUUGACUGAAGUGGAACAAAAAGAGCACCAACAUAUUUCCAGCAAGAAAAGCCUCACUUUCUCUGAAGAUGACUCCCUGUUUGAAGAAGAGGAGGAAGAUGUCAAAACUCCUCUGCUGAAGAGUCCUCAGGCCAUCGCUCCUGCCUCCAUUGCUCCCCCCACCUGCACCCAGUACCCGACAGACUGGAGCCUGAAGACCCGGGUCCUCUUCACCUCCCCGCUCUCCCUUUCCUGGGCAGAGCACCCAAAAGCCCAGGAGGAAGCUCAGGGUCUCAGCCAGCACUGUAGAGCUCAGUUUAGCACUUUACCACACAGCAUCCAGGAUCCCAGGUCCUCCUCUGAGCUCCGUUGCGCCUUCCAGCAGAGUCUGGUGUACUGGCAGCACCCCUCCCUGCCGUGGCUCUCUCUGUUCCCCAGGAUCAACGCUGAGAGGAGCUUCACUGGGAAGUGCACACCGUGGGCUCAAGACGCGGCGCUGCAGAAGAGUCUCAUGAGUGAAUGGUCGGUCAGCCUGUCCUCUCUGUACAGCCUACUGAAGACCCGGCUGUGUCCUUACUUCUAUCUCUGCUCCUAUCAGUUCACAGUGUUGUUCAGAGCAGCGGGACUCGGAGACUCAGGCAGCAUCACAGCCUUGAUCUCUCCUACAACCAGAGGUCUCAGAGAGUCAAUGAAGGCUGAAGGUAUAGAGUUCAGUCUCCCUCUAGUGGACGAGAGGAGGAAGCAGCAGGGGCACCAAGGAGCCGAAGAAGAGCAGAUGGAGAAAGUGCAGGAGCGUUCUGAGCUGAAAGAGGGCGACGACUGUCAGGCAGGUGCGGAAGGUAAGAGCUGUAGAUACGAUGACGACGAUGAUGAUGAUGAUGAUGGCAGCUUCUCCUGGCUGCAGGAGAUGGGAGUCCAGGACAAAAUCAAGAAGCCGGACAGCAUCAGCAUCGCACUUCGUAAAGAAGGCCACACAGUCUCUCUGGACCACAAACCAGAGUCUGUGGUGUGUGUUGAAGGCGCGCACACCUUCACCCUCAUCAAUUUCCUCAUCAACUGUAAGAGUCUGGUGGCUACAGCCGGGUCCCAGGCUGGGUUACCGCCCACAAUCCUGGCUCCUGUCUCCUUCAGAGGAGCUGCGAUGCAUGCGUUGAAGGCUCGCAGUGUGAACGUGAAGAGCCAGGUUGGGUCGACAUACCAGAACAUCAGCAGUCUGGAGAUCACAGGACCCAUCCUCCCCUCCUCUCUGCACGCCGUCACAACCCUCCUCCGACCCGCUCAGAAAGGAAACUUCUCCGGCACUCUGUACACACAUGCACCGACCGCCGUCAUGAACACACACGCCAACAAGCAACAGAGCACUGGUGGGUCUGUGGAUCUAUGCGGCUGUGGUCUUCAUCCCACCUCCAUCCAACAACUGAAGCAGGCCUCCAGUCUGGGCAAGACGGCUCUGACUCACAUCAACAUGAACAACUACAGCUACACCUGGAAGAACUGACAGGUGGAGAUGACUCUGAAGAUUGUAUGGUACACUGCAGUGUGUGUGCUACACUUCAAGAUGCUUUUAGAAACAGAUUUUACUUCAUUGCACUGUUUUUUUUUAAAAUUCAUUUUAAAGCUGUGAUUUUAUAAAACUGGAAUCAUUUUUUUUUUUUUUUAUGAAUCACUUUUAAUUUGUUUUAAGCUGGAGAACAUCCCCCUUUCCCCUCUCCUUAUAUAAUGUACUUAAUGGAACUUGUAUGAGAUUAAAUUUCUGGUGCAUGCCUGAUGCUGUCAGGUUGUGUUUGUGAGAAAAUAAAAGUAUUCCUCUGAUGUUUGUUAAA